AUGUGUCAUGCUGCUCUGCCCCGGAUGGCCACUCGCACCCGGCGUGCGGCGCACGCAGAGGCAGAGGCCUCGCCGGUGCCCGGCGAAGACGAGGACCUGGAAGGGUCCGAUGAGGCUGCCGCUGCAGCUGGAGCGGCCAAUGGCCAGGAGGAGGAGGAUCCGCUGCAGGCGGAUGAUCCCUGGGCACCGGCAGCUGGGCAGGCCGCUGGAGGUGAUCGCCCUGGAGCCCAGAGCCCUGGCCAUGCCGCGGGAGCAUCUGAUGGUGAUGCGCCACCGCCGGAGUUUGUGAAGUGGUUCUACAACCUCUGGCAACAGCAACGCCAUCAGGAGCUGAACGGAGGCCUUCAGGAGAUCGUGAACGCGAAGCUGGAGAUAAUCCGGCGGCCGCCCCGAAGCCGCCAAAGAAUCCACCGCCACCGCCUCCUGGCCCUGGAGGAUCCGGCGGAGGAGGAGACGAUGGCGGUGAUGAGGAAGACUGGGAGUCGGAAGACGAGCAGCGACGACGGAGAGCCAAGAAGAAGUCCGGCAAGCCGCCAUGGAGGGAUGGGGAUGGCGGCGGAGAUGAAAGUGAAGCGUCCAGCUCAACCGCCGGAACGUCGGAGAUCAAGCUUGGGCACGGUCAAGAUUGAGGAGUUCUACGGUGACCGUGCGAGGUACGUCAAGUGGAAGAAGGCGAUCGAGGCGCAGGCGGAGCUCUACCGUUUGGAGGAUGCGGAGCUGGCCAUGCUGGCCUUCGGAGAAACAGAAGAGGAGCUCUUUGAGAGGGCGGAGGCAGAGUUCAUGAAUUACCGCAGGUUGCCUGGCCAGUCCGUGGCUUCGUACAUCGGCCAGAUGAAGCGCUUGAAGGCCCAGUACCACAGAGUGGAUCCGGACAGCUACAUGUCAGACCGGGCACGGGCACAGAGGCUCCUGAACAAGUGCUCGCUGGGAAGGCGAGAGAGGCUGGAUGUUUUCUUCAGUGCUGGAGGCCGCUACAUUCCGAGUGACAUUGAGCGUGCUCUGAGGUACCGGUGUGGAAAGGUACACGAGGAUGAGCGACGUCUACCAGGACGACCACCGCCACCCCAACCAUAUCGCACGUACAGAGGAGCCGGUACGGUGAGUACAAAGCCGGUGGAGCGGAUGGCGGCCAAAUGGAGGACCAGACCAUCGGGAACUCAUGUGGUCGCGGAUGAUGAGGCAUGUUUUGAUGAAGAGCCUGAGGAUCUGGAGAAGGAUGAGGAAGCCUACCAGAUCUACCUGGAGAUGCUGCGUGAGACGGAAGAGGUCAAGAUCGAGGAGCCAGACGAGCUGGAGAAAGAGCUCAGCGUGCUCAUGGAUGAGGUGGUCUCGGAGGAGGAUCUCAAGGAGGCCUAUGCCGCUGGCUGGAAAGCGAAGGCAAAACAGGCCGACCACAAGAAGGCACGAGGAGAUCCGGAGUGCCCGAAUGUUCAGAGCGGAAAGGACAAGCCGCACACCGCCAAGAAGCAUCCCUGGAGUUCCGACAGGAGCUCACGGAAGAGCGAUUCUGCUGCCAGCGCUCCCAACCAGGCGCGCUUCACCUUCAUGGUCGGCGGUGAUUACAACCAGGAGGAGACGCCACCGAUGGACAUCUGCCCUAGGUGCAAAUGGCCGAUGGCGGAGAGCUGCAAGUUCUGUAGCAACUGCGGGCAGAACCUGUACCGGGAUGACAGGAUGUCAGAGAACAAGAGAGGUUGGGGCCUGGUAGGAGAAGAGAAUGAGGAGACUCUCAUCGUUGAGGAGACGGACGAUGAAGAGGAGACCCCCAGCUACACCUAUGACGUGAAGAGGAGCGCAGUCAAGGAAGCUGCGGGUAUGAAGCCGGGGAAGAAGCAAGAGGAGAAGAUAAAGCUGAAGCCCAAGGAGGUCAUCUCGGUGCUGGACAAGAUGACCAAGGAAGAGAAGAAAGAGCUGAGGAAGGCGCUGGAGAUUGAAGAGGAGCACUUGGCGUGGACUUCGGUGGAGCGACACCGGAUUUUGCGGAUGGAAGAGCAGCUUUCAAGGAGUGGUGCGGCGAGCACCAGGGUGACAGCUCCGGUCACCAAGGAGCUGCCAAAGCACGCAAGAGAGGCUGCGCUGAGAGAUUUCCGGUAUGAGCUCUAUCAGCGCCAAGUGAAGGGUGGAAAGUUCAUUCCGUCCAGAUGCUCCCCAACUCCAACAGAGCGUCAAGCAGCGUGCAAGCAUCCCUUCGAGCACAUCAAGUGGACUGCCAAUCAGGAGGGCCACUACGGGAGAUGCCGGAUGUGUGAUUUGAAGCGCGUGCUGUAUUUCUCUGACCGCCAUGGAGCCCUUGUGAGCAGCCAGCAGAAGUUGGAGGAGAUUUAUGUGUCUGGAAUUUGUCCGGGGCAGGCGAUAGCAGACACUGGCUGUCGCACGGCAGUUGGCGGAGGAGCUUGGCACGAAAGCUUGCAGAAGGAGCUCAAAGCCCGCGGUUUGCAGUGGUUUGAGGAGCCAGAGCAGGAGGUGUUCCAGUUUGGAGCAGGAGAGGCCUGCCGCAGCCAUCGGGCAUACAUUUACCCGGUGGGCAUCUUCGGGGUGAACACGGCAGUGAGGCGGAGCUGUAUGUUCAACUUCGGCACUCGCCAGAUGACGCUCUUCGGCAUCACCAGGAUGAUUACUGGGGAGCAGCCGGAGGUGAAGAGGUUGAAGGACGUGCUGGUGAGGAUGCCGCACACGUUCGCCUUUGUGCAGCAGGACAAGUCUGAGGCCACUUCCGAAGAAGAGACUGAGGAGCCUUCGGAGGGUUGGCAGACCUUGAGGUGCUCGUCUACCUCUCAUGAAUUUGGCAUAGAGGUGUUCACAGAAAGCGGCAGCGAGAACAGCGAUGAGGAGAAAGAGGACGCAGCCGAAGACAUCGAUGUGAUGGUGGCCGGCAACACGAAGUCUUUCAGUAAGAGCAUGCGGUCCAAGUGUGGCCGUGCGGCAAGGGAGAUCCGGAAAGCCGGAGAAGACGAGAUACGCAGACGCCAGCAACAGCCCCAGCAGCCCCAGGACCCAUGCUUGCGGCCCAGCUCACUUCCUUUGAGGAAAAGGUGGAAGGUCCUGGAGGUGUUCACUUGGACUUGCUGCAUCAGCAUGAUGGCCUUGGAAAGAGGCUGGCACAUGUGCGAGCCGGUGACCUUGCCGGGAUGGGAUCUUCGUGAUCCCCAGACGAGGGAGGAGGCGCACAACUACAUCGACUCCCAAGCUCCGGAUUUGUUGGUGCUGGCAUGGCCUUGCAGCCCCUGGAGCUCGUUGCAGAACUUAAACUGCAGAACCCCGGAGGCGGUGAGACGACUGGCGCAGAAGAGAAAGGAGCAUCGCCCCAUGCUGGAGUUUGUUGGAGAGGCUGAGAAGGCAGAGAGCCAGAGGAGGAGUUUCAAGGGCAUGGCGGAGACGGUGACGGACAUGUGUCAAUUUGGUCUGCGGAAGCCUGCUGGAGAAGGCGCCCGUCGCUUCAUGAAGAAGCCAACCAGGCUGGUGGGCACACCAGAAGUGAUCAGACGCUGUAGCCGUAGGUGCAAAGGAAGCCACAAGCACACGCACAUCUUCGGCUAUUUCAAGUGGCGAGGAAAAUGGAGGUCCCUGUCACAGUUUGCAGGAGGCUACACGCCAGACUUUGCUCAGGAGGUGGUGAUCGGUGCGGAAGAGUACCUAAGAGGGACGCGCAGGCCAGAGAUAUUUGUGGAAGGCGCUCACGUGCCAGAAGAGCGCUUCGAAGAGUUCGAGAAUGAAGAAAAAGUGGUUCCAGAGGAAGAUCUGGAACAGAGGAUGCUGCAGGAGGAGCUUAUGGACGUUUCCAGAGAGGAGGAAGUCCCAGGAGGCCCAGCGACAGCAGAAGCAGACAAGAUGCUACGGCUGGCGGGAGCAGAUGGACAGCUUCUGAAAGAAUGCCGUGAGCUUCUUCAGUGCCCGGUUUGUGAGGCUUCACAAGCACCCAGGAAGCCGAUGCAGCAAGCUCCAAGCAUGCGCCCGGUAACUUUCAAUGCCUCAGCGCACCUGGAUUUGAAGUACGCCAAAGACUGCAAGUCGAAGCUCUACGUGGCAUUGAGCAUGAUAGAUCAUGCUACCAACUUUCAUCGGGCUUGUCUGCUGCGGACAAGGCGCCCCGCGCAUGUGGCAAACAAGUUCGUGACUCAGUGGUGUGCCCUGUUUGGGGAUCCCACGGAGCUGGUAUUCGACCAAGGAGGAGAGUUUGAGAAGGAAUUCCUCUUUGAGUUGGAGAAGCGCGCGAUCCAUUCAAAGGUGGUCGGUGCCUAUGCCCCCUGGCAGAACUCCUUUGCGGAAAGGCAGGGUGCUCUACUGGGCGCUGCGUGGCAUGCACUCAUUGUGGAGCACAAGGCGGAGGACUGGACAGUGAUGAAACAGAGCCUUGCUGCAGCGGUCCAAGCCAAGAAUGCGACUGUCUCCAGACGAGAGCAUUGCUUCACCAAGAUGUUCAGGCAAAGCUCAAGAAGGCACUUCUGCGGAGACCUGGAGGAGCGGUACUUCGUGAGCUGGAGAGGAUGCGACAUCGUGGAGGCCCCCUUUAGGCCCUACAAUGAGGCCAAAGAGAUGAUGAGAGGCUUGAAGAGCGUGCAAAAAGUGAUUCGACACCCGCUGUUCAGAAAGCGGGUGAUGGCAAAGAGGAGGCAGAAGCAGAAGCAGCAGCUGAAGCAGAAAGCCCCGGAGGAGAAGCCCAUCGUGCCGGAGCCUCUAGGAGGAGUAGAUGUUCCGGUGCCGGAAGGUGGAAGUGACUAUGAGCCGACUUCACCGAGGUCGAGCGCCUCACAAGACUUUUGGCCUACCGUCCAGCAGAUUGAAAAGUGGUACGACGAGAUCGAUGAUGAGGUCAUCUCUGAUCACAGCGAUAGCCCACGAGUGAGGAGACGCCGGUCGCUCGACGAUGUGCCCGACCCGAUCAGGCAGAAGCGAUCGCCGGAUGAGCAACUGAGUGAGGAGCAGAUCAGGAAGAAGUUCAAAGGAGAAUUCUUCCAAACGGUGAUGGUCGCCACAGCAGUGGAGGAGUUUCAGGACAAGCACAAAGGCAAAGCCAACUUGCCGUCGAAGGAGCAAGGGAAAGCAAAUGCCUGGUUGCCUCGUUCCGAGGUCAAGAAGUUGAGGAGGCUGUUGGACAUGCCCAUCACUGCAGCGCGACUGCACAAGCAGCCCAGGAAACGGAUGCAGAGGCCACCCGGAGGACAGAAGAGAGGUAGGGUGGUCGUGAUGCUCAGCAAACGAGCCGCAAUGGUGAGUCAGGAAACACUUGAGGAGGUGCAGCAGCAGCCUAGGAGGAAGGCCCCAUUCUUGUGGAGGGGCAUGACUCUGUUCACCAAGCCAGAGGAAGUGAGAGCAGAGGAGAACAUGGCCUAUGUUCAACUGGAGGAGGAACUUUUUGAGGUGAGGAUCACUCAGCCUCAGGCUUGGAGAGAAAUGGUCGAGCGUGAGAGAAAGCUGGAGACCCUGAGCGAGGCGCUCAUCUUGAAGCUCAAGAGCUCAGGGAAAGAGCUUGACCCAAGGCUCUUUGACAAGGACGAGGCGGCAGCGUUUGCGGAGAGCGAUAAGAAUGAGUGGGGAAGCUGGAUCAAGAACAAGGUGAUCGAGAGGAUCAGUCCGGACGUGGCUUGGCAGGUGGACCGGUCCUUGGUGUUUCGUACACCCUUGAGGAUGGUGCGCACGAACAAGAGCAAGGAGGCCAUGAAGCUCAUUGCCAAGUCACGGCUUGUGGUUCCCGGACAUCUGGAUCCCCAGCUGGGCGACUACCGGACGGACAGUCCGACGGUGGCCAGUGUUGCGGCGCGGAUGACGAAAAUCAUCUGUGCCAUGAAGAAGUGGUCCGGGUGGUUCUUCGAUGUGUCGACAGCAUUCUUGAGUGGAAAGAAUGCCACCCGGCAGAUCUUGGUCAAAGCUCCACCGGAAGGUUUGCCCGCAGUGGACGGCAUGAAGGCUGUUCGCCCUCACGAGCUGAUGCGCAUCGUGAAGAGUGCCUACGGUUUGCCGGAGGCGCCCCGCCUUUGGUAUCUUCGUCUUGUGGAGCUGCUGGAAGAGGGCGGCAUGCAGGAGGUUCCCUUUCGCGAGGUCCACGUUUGUCCUGGUGAUCCCAAGAAGACGGUGCGAGCCAUCUGCGAUCUGCAUGUCGAUGACGGCUUUCUGGCGGGCGAAGAGGGUGAGUUUCACUUUGAGAAGCUCAAGCAGUACAUCAACGAGCACUUCAAUAUCAAGAAGUUCAAGGGGCCAAGCUACGCCGACGUCAAGAAGGCGAACAAGACCCUGAAGGAUAUGAAGGCCCUUGCGGAGUCCGGGGGUGCGAUUCUGAAGUACCCGUACAUCGGAGGUGAGGUGAUGUUCGUGACCUACUUUGAUGCUUCCUUGGGCAAGGAGGAAAAAGGUCAGAGUCAGCAGGGGGCGGUUCACUUCAUUACUUCAGUGAAGGCGGAGACACAGCCAGCCAAUGCGGGGAUUUUGGAGUUCAACAGCGGCCGCGUUUCGCGUGUGGUCCGCAGCAGUAUGGCUGCGGAAGCAGCAUCGAUGAUGAUGGCCGCGGAUCACCAGCUCUACAACCGGCUGCUCUGGGAGGCGCUCACCAAGGGGCAGUUGGAGACAGGCAUCCUGGGCAUUCGCUGGUGCCCCACGUUCAAGCAGUACGCGGAUGCCCUCACCAAGGAGAUGGACACCGAGCAGUUCACGGUGCACAGGCAGUUUUGGGAGCUCUGCAUGAAGCAGACCGAACAGGACAAAGUCCUGGAGGAGCGCCGUGCCGCGCUCCGAAGGGGCCAGCGCGAAAGGCGCAAGCUCCGAAUGGCCGCUUGA